AUGUUGUCCACGGUGUCCAGUGUCGCGCUCGAAUUGAAUUCUUCCUACUACGCAACGAUCAUUGGAAACGACAGCAACGACAGUUUCUCCGUGAUCGAGUCUGAAAAUGCCACGGAUGUUCUAUACAUGCUGCCUGCUUACAUUCGCACGACGUCCAUGGUUGUCUGCAUAGUAGUGAUGGUCCUCGGCAUAAUAGGAAACCUUAUGGUACCGUUGGUCGUGUUCCGGGGUAAGGACAUGCGAAACAGCACGAACAUCUUUCUGGUGAAUCUGAGCGUGGCCGAUCUCUUCGUCCUUCUGAUAUGCACCCCCUCCGUUCUCGUUGAGGUCAACUCCGGACCGCAAGUGUGGCCACUCGGGGAACACAUGUGUAAAGCAGUGCCAUUCGUGGAGUUGACCGUGGCCCAUGCAUCGGUUCUCACGAUUCUGGCGAUCAGUUUCGAGCGAUAUUACGCCAUUUGCGAGCCACUGCGAGCGGGAUACGUGUGCACUAAGGCCAGGGCGAUGUAUCUCUGUCUGCUGGCGUGGGUGGUGGCGGCUCUGUUCACGAGCCCGAUCCUCUUGAUGGUCAGCUACGAGAAGGAGAGAAACACCGACGGUACGUACAUCUCGACCUGCAACAUCGUGGCGAACACGUACUGGACGAUGGUCUUCUUCCUGAUGACGAUAAUCAUCUUCUUCGUGAUCCCGUUGCUGAUACUGGUCGUUUUGUACACGGUGAUCGCCCGUCAUCUGAUGGCGAACCCGACGAUAAGCCGUGGCUCGUCGAACAACUUGCUCAAGUACCGGAAACAGGUGAUGCUGAUGCUCGGAACGGUCGUUCUGUGCUUCUUCCUCUGCCUGCUGCCGUUCAAAGCGUUCACCCUGUGGAUACUGGUCACACCGCCCCAGAUGAUCAUCGAUCUCGGCAUAGAGGGCUACUACACGCUUCUGUACUUCUGCCGGGUGAUGCUCUAUCUGAACUCCGCGAUCAAUCCAAUCCUGUACAAUCUGAUGUCCACGAAGUUCAGGGAGGGAUUCCUCAGGCUCUGUGGCCUGGGCCCGAAUAGACGGAAGAAGAAGAAAACCUCGGACCGAACAGGAACGUACACCACGGGCUCGACCAACUGCAGCAGCAAUCAGUCCGACUUCUGGAGGCGGCACAGCAGCAACAAGAGCUGCAGCGUGAAGGUACCGUGCAACAACGCGUCCACGGAGAAACAGAUUAAGCUUCAGACGACCAUUGUUAGCGGGACUAUUGGUAGAAAGAAGCAGGAGAGUUAUGUGUGAAUGGUCCUUGUAGGGGA